CCAACGCUCAGCAUUUUGUUUGCGGGAUUUGCUCUCCUGCUCGCUUCCCAUCCAACUCUCGCCAUCUCCCGCUCUCCCUCCACGCCCUCACCACACACCACCUCCGUUCUUGGUCGCUGGCGCUCAAUUCCACAAGAUGCUCUCAAGGAACUCCUCUCGCGCCGCCCAGCGCCUGCUGCGGACGGCGGCCCAGCCCUCGCAGCGCCUCAACUUCGCGCGCGGUUUCGCCAGCGUCCAAGACGAGGCGCCCAUCCAGACCAUCCAGUCAGAUAUCUUCAAGCCAACCAAGUACGGUGGCAAGUACACCGUCACCCUCAUCCCCGGUGACGGCAUCGGUGCCGAGGUCGCCGAGAGCGUCAAGACCAUCUUCAAGGCCGACAACGUGCCCAUCACCUGGGAGCAGAUCGAGGUGUCGGGUCUCGACAAUGCGACACCCACCACCCGCACCGAGGACACCUUCAAGGAGGCCGUCGCCUCGCUCCGGCGCAACAAGCUCGGCCUGAAGGGAAUCCUGCACACGCCCAUCAGCCGGUCCGGCCACGCCAGCUUCAACGUCGCCCUCCGCCAGGAGCUCGACAUCUAUGCCUCUAUCUCCCUCUUCAAGAAUAUCCCGGGCCUGCAGACGCGCCACAACAACAUCGAUCUGUGCAUCAUCCGCGAGAACACCGAGGGCGAGUACAGCGGCCUCGAGCACCAGAGCGUGCCCGGCGUCGUCGAGUCGCUCAAGAUCAUCACGCGCGCGAAGUCGGAGCGCAUCGCCAAGUUCGCCUUCAGCUUCGCCCUGGCCAACCACCGCAAGAAGGUGACGUGCAUCCACAAGGCCAAUAUCAUGAAGCUGGCCGACGGCCUGUUCCGCGGCACCUUCAACAGGCUCGCCCAGGACUUCCCCCAGCUCGAGUGCAACGACAUGAUCGUCGACAACGCCUCCAUGCAGUGCGUCAGCAGGCCACAGCAGUUCGACGUCUUGGUCAUGCCUAACCUAUACGGCGGUAUCCUGUCCAACAUCGCCGCCGCCCUCGUCGGGGGCCCCGGUGUCGUCCCCGGCUGCAACAUGGGCCGCGACGUUGCCGUCUUCGAGCCCGGCUGCAGACACGUGGGUCUUGACAUCAAGGGCCAGGACCAGGCGAACCCGACUGCUCUCCUCCUCAGCGGAGCCAUGCUUCUGCGCCACCUCGGCCUCGACGACCACGCGAACCGCAUCUCCAACGCCGUCUAUGACGUCAUUGCCCAGGGCGCUGUCCGGACCCCUGAUAUGGGCGGCUCCAAUACCAACCACGAAUUCACCCGCGCCAUUCUCAACUCGAUGGAGAAGGCGUUGUAAGAUACCCAUCUGCUUAGGGAACCGUGGCUCGCGCGCCCUGUAGAUAUUCCAACCGUCUGGCGCUCACCCGUCACUGCCCUUUCCCUAACCCUAUAGAAUGCCGGGGCUCCCGGUUGGUGGAGAUACCACGACAGAGCGAGAUCGAAGGACGGCUGAGGCGAUAGAAUGGACCACGAGGGACUGGCGACUUGGGACCUCUACCCUUGUACUGUAUGUAGAGUUGGCUAUGAGGGAAUGCACGUUCCUUUCUUUUUUCGUACAUCUUUUUCGUAUAUCUUUUUUCGUACAUCUUUUUCGUAUAUCUUUUUUCGUAUAGCGCUUUCUAUCGUAUGAAUAUUUGCACCCUGCCAGAGGUCAAAAAUAAAUGCUAUCAGAACUA